AUGGGCUUGGGGCCCAAUGGAGGUCUGAUCUAUUGCUUUGAGUUCCUCCUGCAAAAUCUGGACUUCCUAUCGGAAGCCUUGGAUCCGUUGAGCGAAGAAUAUCUGAUUAUCUUCGACAUGCCGGGCCAGAUCGAGCUCUACACACAUAUACCCCUCCUACCGUCAUUGGUACAGUUCUUGUCGCGUGCGGGGCCCCUGAACAUCAACCUCUGUGCGGCUUAUCUCCUCGAAAGUACCUUUGUCGUUGACAAAGCCAAGUUCUUUGCCGGCACCCUAAGUGCCAUGUCCGCAAUGCUGAUGCUCGAGAUGCCCCACGUAAAUAUUCUGACUAAGAUGGACCAGGUCCGGGACAUGGUGACUCGCAAAGAAUUAAAGAGAUUCACCAAUGUGGACGUGCAAUUGCUGCAGGAUGAUGACGCUGAUGCGAUGGGAGACCCGUCGUCCAAAGAGACAUUGCUCAGCGGUGGCUCAUUUAAACAGCUCAACCGGGCCGUCGGUCAACUUAUCGACGACUUCAGCAUGGUCUCAUUUCUGAAAUUAGAUGUGCAGGACGAGGACAGUGUCGCCGCUGUUCUAAGCCAUAUCGACGAUGCCACUCAAUUCCAUGAAGCGCAAGAACCGCGCGAACCCAACGAUGAGCAGGAGGUUAAUUACGAGGAUGCAGACAUAUGA